AUAUUCUGAAACCACAGUGUACACAAAUGUUUACGAACUUCUCUAUAAACUGUACAAGUAAACAUAAACAAAAGGUUGCCAAAAGUGUAUGCCUAUCAAAAUAGAUGCGCCAUACUUCUGUAGCUCGCUGUAGACAGGGUAGAGUUUGGGAUCUUGAAGCUUUGAUAAAUCCGAGGCCAAGUUUGCCUUUGCCUCCGUGUGAGAGAGGUUAUGUUACAUGUACCCUGUGUCUGGUAUGGUACAGCACACGUACAAAUUUGUUUGUGUUUACUGGCGAAACCUUGAACACGUGCACGAAGCUGUGUUAAGAAGAUGCUAUACACAAUUUAAAUGAUAUUGUAUUGGUGAUUAUAGGCGAAAUAACAUCAAAGGAAGAUCAGAAAGAAAUAUAAUCACUUCGGAACUCUCCAGACUCUGACGACCAGGUUGUAGUCAACUUGGGAAAGAUUAAUCACUAUGGCGACAGCUACACAGCUUGUGAGAAUUGGCGACGAGUGUUUACAGGACAAAAACUAUGACAUGGCAAUUAGUGCGUAUUCGUCUGCUUUAAACAUAGGUGUUCAUUCAGGUCAGACGGAAGUACUUAAGAAAAGAUCAAACUGUUAUUUCCAAAUCUGUAGUUAUGAUUGUGCCUAUGAUGAUAUUAUUGAAGUGCAGAAGACUUCUCCGAAAUGGAUAGCUGGAUAUCGUUAUGCAGCUAAUUGUCUCAGUAAUUUAGGAGAUGUCGAAGGUGUAUGUGAGCUAUAUACUAAAGGACUGGAGUUAAACAGUGGCAGCGUAGACCUUAAAAACGGCCUUGCUGAAGCUAAAACCAAAAUGGCGAGGGAAAAUACAGAGGCGACGAGCAACAAUCCAUUAAGCAUUUACAAGCUGGAUUAUUAUCCUGGAGAUGAUGUUCGCCUCAAAGAAGAAAAAGAAAAACGCGAUUCUAUAGACAAUGUUAAAAUCCAGACGGAAGGACGUCACACGAAAGACCAAUCUGUACUGGAACUUGUGCGAGAGUCCUGGAAACAUCAACAAAACGGGGAGCUCCAGAAAGCAUCACAGAGUUUACAAACAGCAGUAACGGUGAAACCGGAUGUGACGUAUUUGCGACAGGUACUUGGUGAAAUAUACUUUCGUCUAGACAGGUACGAAGAUGCCUUUAGAUGUUUGAACGCUAUACCGAGCAGUAUGAGAUCUUUUGACACCUGGAUAAUUGGAGGUCAAGUUCUACAGAAACUCGGACUUCCGGUUUCAGCAGAGAUGUGGCUCCGUUAUGCUGAGAAAGUUGGCGGUAAACGAGGAGAACGUGCUUCUAUAUUAUUUCACGAUGUCAGAUCGAGGCGUUUAUAUCAAGACGUGACAACAGAUAAACAUGUUGAAGUCAGAUUCAGAGAGAAGGGGCGUGCAUUAUUCGCCAAGCAAGAUAUUGGUAAAGGCAAAUUAAUUUUUAAUGACAAACCUAUUCUGCUAGCUCAAACAAAUGAUAGUUCAGGAAUCCGAGCAUGUAGCUUCUGCGCGAAAACCUUACAAACAGCUCAAGAAUACUUUGGUAAAGACGUUUUAGAGAAUAACAAAACACUAAAAGAAAUUGUGGAGACACACUGGCCAAAAUGUGACGUCAUAAGUUGUUUACAUUGCGACCGUGAAUUUUACUGCAGUGACAUUUGUCGCAAGUCUGCCUGGGAACAGCACCAUCAGAUUCUGUGUAUCUCCGUUAACGAAAGCAUGAUGAAGCUUUAUGACGUUUGUGACAAGUACAAGAAGCUGAUUGAAUCAAACCAGCGUAUCUGGGAGGACAUGUGGAAUGCUGCGUUCAGUCCAAUGCUUCUAGCCCGCCUGUGGGCAGCCAUUGUUUGUGAAGUUAAACGACAGGCCAAGGGGCGGGGAGUCUCAGUUCCGGAAACACGUGACUGGAUCAGAGCCAAACUCCCCUUCAGAAGGUUUUAUUUCAGUUUUGCACUACGGAGAUACAUCGCAUUUGCCCAAUGUAGCUAUGCACAAAUGGUGCCAAAUAUGGUGAAGAUCAUGCGAGAGAUAUUUAGCAAUGCCGGCACUGGUGUUGUUAUGGAGAUAUCAGAGAAAGAAUUCGAUUGCCGAUACUUCCAAAUAGCUUGUAAUGUUCAAGCGUUCUCCGAUCCGAAUCCUCCAUUCGUUAUUUUCAAGAGAAAUGCCAAAUCUGCUGGUUUAGAGGUUACACAGUUCAUGACCAAAGAUGAAAAAUUUGCUACUUUUGGCGGGCUUUUCUGCCUUCAUGCAAGCAUGAAUCACUCUUGCGAUAAUAACGCAGACGUGCACGACGGAGCAGCUGGUGACAAUCCCGGAGUUCACGUGAUAGCAAACAGAGCAAUCAAACGAGGUGAAGAAAUCAACAUCACUUAUAUUGACACUACAAUGGCGCGCCAAAAUCGACGAGCAUGGCUGAUCCGGUCCUACAACUUUUGGUGCUUGUGUCCACGAUGUCGAUUUGAGGGCGAUGACAGUGGGGUUUGUACGAACUGUAACAAAGCGGCGACAAAAGAUAAGCCAUUUCUAGGGUGUGGAAAGUGUCGCAGUGCUUGGUAUUGUUCUCCUCAAUGUCAGAAAUCUGCCUGGAAGCGGGGACACAAAACUAUAUGCCGUAAGCGAUGAUCAAGAGACAAGAGUGCCCCCCUCCCCACACACACGCACACCCUUAGUUCUAUAACAGGCCCGAAUUAGUAAAAGUGGGUUUGUUAUUUUUCUAUGUUUUGUUUUACUUUCAUAACUGGAAAUUAUAAUAACUCGUUCUGGAAUUCUUAAGAAGUAUCUAGCGACAUCAGAUAUUUUUCAGUGAUCACAAACUUCAAAAUGGUCUUCGUAUUUCUUAAAGUACAAUAUUUAAGUGCAAACCAAUGAAGUAUGUUUUACAUAAUACAUUGUGAUACGUAGGUUUAUCAGUAUAAAUAUGUUAUUUAUGUGUGGUUUGUUUGUAUAAAUGAAGUGUGCGACAUAAUGCAUUGUGAUACGUAGGUUUAUCAGUAUAAAUAUGUUAUUUAUGUGUAGUUUGUUUGUAUCAUCGAUUAAUGUACAGGCACCACCAUUCAAUUAUAUAAGGUAAUUAUUUAAAUGUUUGAAGUCAUUACCAUACUAUUCAUUCACGGGAAAAAAUAUUUUAUUUUAAAUCUAAAGUAGCUGUCGUUAUUGGUGUUAUAUACAUUACAGUAAAAUCUAAAGCUAUUUUAACUAAAUAUUCAUGAAAAAAAUCAGUAUUGUCGGAUGGCACAGUAGUAAUGCACUCGUUUCACCUAGCGGUCCGGGUCUCAGAAUGAAAAAGUAAGAGGUCACCUGACCUAACACGUGGGUGUUCUCCUAAUACUUCGGCGUCCUCUCAUAUUAACACCCCGUAAGCUCUUAAGGUGUACAGUAAUUGGUGUCAAAUUUGCUAGGGGUCAGUACCUAAUUCGAGUGACUAAGAUAUAUAUCGGUACACUUACCCCAUGAAUACAUACCAUCAUGAUCUGUUAAUUUAUCAUUCUUUUAACUAUAUGUACAAUACAAUGUGUAUAUGAUUUUGAAUCCAUUAUGAAAAUCCGUUGUCAUCAAACUACUAAAUGUUAUGAUUGUUUCUUUAUUAUCAUAGGACAACGAGUUGUAUUUAAAUUGCAAUCAAUUUUAUGAUUUACUUCUCUGUAAUUGAAAACUGUUUUGAUAUUCUAUCCAAUAUGAUUCAUUGACAGUAUUAUAAAAUAACAUUCAGACUGCGACGCUGUACCGUCGAAAAAACAACAAUAUCCAUUCACUGCUCAGAAUUUUAUUACGAGUUUGAAUUUAACAAUGGAAUCCGAGAUUUUAAGCCAAUUUGCACAGGGAUAUAUAAUAGUAAUCAUCGAAUCACAAGGAGAGACAAUCUUCAUGCGGAAUCACUGAUACAAAAGUAAUCAAAUAGUCCAUUGGGGGUCAGCUUUCAUGGCAGACACAUUGUAAUAGGUACUAAGCUGUCGCCGGUUUCUCAGUUGUCGUCGGGCUGCAUAUGAAACAACAUACGUGCAUAGAAAUUACUCAAUUAUUCCUUCAAUUGAAUCAAAUUGAAUUUUUAAAAA